GGGCUCAGUCAGGUGUCUCUUACCUGCACCACGUGGGGAGGGAGGCUGAGCAGGUAGAGCCACAUCCCAAAACAGAGACGCUCGCAGCCAUUGCGUGCCUCCUAGGGGCGCUGCCCUGGUUUGCCUCUGAACAGGUUCCCAAGCAGUCAGCUACAAAACGGGGACGCUGCACACGCUUCCCCUCCUGAGCAGGUCUCCGGGGAGUGGUGGUGGGUGGGGGAGAGCUAAGUGGCUGCAGGUGUGCGCGGGUGGGGAGGGGCGAGUUUCUUCCUUUACACUCCCGGGGUGGUGUGUGUGUGGCAGGGUCUUCUCGGUAAAAUUGGGGCAGGAAUCUAGUUUCUUGCUUUCUCCCGGCGAUCAUCAUGACUGCGUCUCUUGACUACCUGGUGAUCUUGUUCGGGACGACUGCUGGUGCUCAGGGGGCUAAGCUGGGAUCCGAUGAGAAAGAGCUGGUCCAGCUGCUGUGGAAAGUGGUGGAUCUGGCCCGCAAGAAGGCGGGGAGCCUGCAUGAAGUGCUGGUCAGACCGGAGCACUUGGACCUGACCGAGGAAUGCAAAGAAACAACCAAGCUGGAGGUGGAGAGCCUGGCGCGAGCCCCGCAGCUGGAACAAGCCCUGCAACAGUUUAACCAGUCUGUGAGCAAUGAACUGAAUAUUGGUGUAGGUACUUCCUUCUGUCUCUGUACUGAUGGACAGCUUCACAUCAGACAGCUUCUGCAUCCUGAGGCUUCCAAAAAGAAUAUCUUAUUGCCUGAAUGCUUCUACUCCUUUUUUGACUUGCGGAAAGAGUUCAAGAAAUGUUGCCCUGACUCAUCUGAUGUUGACAAACUGGAUGUUGCUGCCAUGACAGAAUAUUUAAAUCUUGAAAAGAGCAGUCCAGAAUGGUGUUUUGGAGCAUCUCAAGUGGAAGAUAUGGGCAAUAUUAUUUUAACACUAAUUUCUGAAGUAUACAAUCACAGAUUUGCAGAUCCAGAAAGAGUGAACUAUAAAUUUGAAAGUGGUACCUGCAGCAAGAUGGAACUCGUAGAUGAUAAUACCAUAAUCAGAGCAAGAGGCUUACCGUGGCAGUCAUCUGACCAGGACAUCGCAAGAUUCUUCAAAGGCCUAAAUAUUGCCAAGGGAGGUGCUGCACUUUGUCUCAAUGUACAAGGAAGGAGGAAUGGGGAAGCUCUCGUCAGGUUUGUAAGCGAAGAGCAUAGAGAGUUAGCACUACAAAGACACAAGCACCACAUGGGGAAUCGGUACAUUGAGGUGUACAAGGCAACAGGUGAAGAUUUCCUUAAAAUUGCAGGAGGUACUUCCAAUGAAGCAGCUCAGUUUUUAUCGAAAGAAAACCAGGUGAUUGUCCGGAUGCGAGGUCUUCCUUUCAAUGCAACAACAGAAGAAGUGCUGACGUUUUUUGGCCAGCACUGCCCAGUAACAGGAGGAAAGGAAGGAAUCCUGUUUGUCACGUACCCUGACAACAGGCCAACGGGAGAUGCCUUUGUGUUGUUUGCUUGUGAGGAAUAUGCACAAAAUGCACUAAAAAAACAUAAGGACUUGCUGGGUAAAAGGUACAUUGAACUCUUCAGGAGCACGGCAGCAGAGGUUCAGCAGGUGCUGAACAGGUACUCUUCUACACCUCUCGUUCCCCUUGCAGCACCGCCUAUCCUUCCCGUGUUACCUCAGCAAUUCAUGCCUCCGACCAAUGUCAGAGACUGCAUACGUCUGCGUGGUCUUCCCUAUGCUGCCACUAUAGAGGACAUCUUAGAAUUCUUGGGGGAGUUUUCUGCAGAUAUUCGGACCCAUGGGGUUCACAUGGUAUUAAAUCACCAGGGCCGUCCAUCAGGAGAUGCCUUUAUCCAGAUGAAAUCUGCAGACCGAGCUUUUUUGGCUGCACAGAAGUGUCAUAAGAAAACCAUGAAGGACAGAUACAUUGAAGUCUUUCAGUGUUCUGCAGAGGAGAUGAACUUUGUAUUAAUGGGGGGCACUUUAAAUCGAAAUGGCUUGUCCCCACCACCAUGUAAGUUACCAUGUCUUUCUCCUCCGUCCUACUCACUUCCAGCUCCUGCAGCAGUUAUUCCAACAGAAGCUGCCCUUUAUCAGCCCUCCAUGCUUUUGAAUCCACGAACGCUCCAGCCCUCCACAGCAUACUAUCCAGCUGGCGCUCAGCUCUUCAUGAACUACACGUACUAUCCCAGCAUGCAGCAGAGGAUGGACUUGUACACACAAAUGGCACGGCAAGGACAAUGCCCAAAGAAUGGAUUUGCAUUUAAAGGUCCCAGCAGUUAGACUUUCUUAGAAGAGACGGCUAUCUGCAUUCAGCAGGCAAGCCUCUCUUUGUGGAUCUUGAAUUAAUAUUUUAAUGUGAACAUGGCUUCCCGCACAAGGUUACGUUCAUCAUUGCCUGCUUAUUUUUUCACUAUCAAAUACGUUGGGAUUUUUGCAGUUUGCACGCACAAAAUGUCAUUGCCUUGUACAUGUACAAAAAUAACAUCAAUACUAAGGGCCUGAUGCUGUGAACACUUACAGGCUUAAUUUUAAGUAGGUGAAUACUCCCAUUGAAAGUAAUGGGACUGUUCACCUGUUUAAAGUUAAACAGCUGUGUAUAUGUGUGCAAGAUGAAGGCCCAUAUUAAUACUCCAACACCUUCGAGAUCAAAAAUGCAUCUGCUCCUAAUGUGAGAGUUUGAAUUGCAGCAAAGUAUUGUAGUUGUCUAACGAGACUUCAUUUUCCAUUCCAUUUUCUGAAUGUUAGUGGUAUUAUCUUAAAAUCAUCAUGCUCUAGAAAGCAAUAAUUUGUAACAAAAAAAAGUAAUGCGUGUGUGUGUGUUAACCAUAUUGUCACUGGCUUACAUUUUCUCAAAGGUAACUUGUUAAAAUGUAGAGCCGUUGUGGUAGAUACAGAGGGAGGAAAUACUAGCACACUAAAUUAAUUUUGUUACUGAGAUCUGAUUUAUUGGACAAUGUGUGAAUAUCAUAAGUGCAUAUGUGACAGUUUAUAGAAUAUAGCUUGUGUCCAAAUUCAAAAGGAGGAGGAGGGGGAAAACAGGUCUUAAAAUAAGUGAGUUACUUCACUAUUUGCUUGAAAGUGAGCGUUUGGCAUGUGGAGUUAUGCAGAUUUCUAGUAGAUGCUAGUUUUUGUUUAAUCAUUAACAACUUGAAUGGAGAGCCAAACAAUUUCUCGUCCCUGCACCCUCCCUUACAGCUUGCCCAAAAUGAUCCUUUUAAAUACAGGAGGCUAGACUGACUACUUGAAAUACAAAUGUAUUCUGGAGAAUAGGUCAGAAUAAAUAAUUAAGAGUUCACUUUUAAAUAACUGUCUUAACAUGGCUUGAAAGCUUAUGGGAAAGGCAGCAUGGUACUAAUAAGGAAAGAAUGAAGCAAUGUAUGUUUUAUUGUGUAGAACUAACAUAUUUGGUAAUAAAAAAGUUCUUUCCUAA